AUGGCUAGUGAUAACAACGGCGAUGUUACGCAUUCUAAUACUAGCAGUGAGCCUGCUAUGCCUGCUACGCGUGCUAAUGCCGGCAAUGAGCCUGCUGUGCCUGGCGCGCCGUCUACUAGAUUCUAUAGCAGAUCUACUCAGCACAAGGGACAGUAUGGACGCCACUGGGACUCAGAGAAACAGCCUGAGACCUUCAACUCCCCUGGCAUGCUGAACACCUUUGCUGUGACGCGUCCUCCAGCAUCCUCGCUGCCAAAUCCAGCUGCUCCCCCAUUUACUCCCGCCCCUAGAGGAUGGGCACCAACUCCAAACACUGCAGGCAGAGCUCCAGACUCUUCUGUUGGGGUUGAAACUGAGAGAGACAACAAGCGUAAAGGCCGCAAGUACAAGUUUAAAAAGGAAAGAAACAAUGUAACGACGGCCAAUACGCCUGUGUCUGAUACCCCUGGGGGACUGAGGGAUACCACUAACCGCCGUCCUCAGAGACGCAAUUUCCCUGGACCUCGCAAUCCGGGUAUGAGACGUCGAGACGAAGUGGAUGGAAACUCUGCUGUUCCAAGAGCCGGUCGAGAUGAGCCAAAAGCUGUUGAAACCCCUCAAACUGGCAGGUCUCCUGCUACCACUGCAAAGGAAGACAUUGCUGUCAAUGAGCAGUCAGUUGAUGCCGAGGAGAUCACGGCAUUGCCCUUGUACAAAGAGAAAGACGUUGAGGCGGUCGAAACUAGCCAGGAUUCCGAUGGACCUGCUCCUAGAGACAUCGAAGUCUCCCCACCGAAAGAGGCUGAGGACCCCUCCAAGCCCUCCUCUGAACCCGCAGAGGAAGAAGCAGAGGCAGCACCUCCUCUCACCAAAUGGAGUCCUAUUUUCCCUCCAGGUGGACCGAGGCCAACUCCUGCUCCCAAACCCACGGGUGACGGGGCUGCCAACGGGCUGCCUAAACGUACCAACUACAUCGACAAGAGAGGGAACUACCAUGCCCCCAACGGAACGAUCAUGAGCCCUGAACUUCUCAAGAUGUUCUCUGCUGGAAAGAUCCGCAACUCAUUGGGUGACACGGUCUACUUCAUGCCGUCUUUCAUUGCGAAAUAUCCACCAGUGGGGCAGCAGCCGUAUCGUCUUGCUUCCACGCCCUCUCGCAUUUUUUACGAUCCUAGGGAUCUUAAGAUCUCAGAGUGA